AUUCAAAUCAAUUAAAUUAGCUAAAAUUAUGCGUCGAUCAGCAUGUUAUCUGUUUAGAUUUUUUUUCUUCCUUUCAUUUAAGUGCAAAGUGAAUAAUAAUCAUACAAACGUCAGCCCCACGGCCUCAUACCCAGAUCCAACCCAAACUCUUCACAUUUCACCUUACCCAAGUUGAAGUUCCCCUCAAAAAGUCGCAACACACUACUUACCCAGAAAAGAGCAGACCAUUUUAAAAUCAUCACUUUACCAAAGUUUAUCUUCUUUCUUCAAUUCUAGUUAUUCUACUAGUACCACUAUCUUCUACCCCAAUCUUUCAAUUCAACUGACAAAAAAGCAUAAACAAAACCCAUUUAUCAAGCAAUCCCCACAAAAUAAAUAAAUAAAAACCCCAAAAAUGGAAACCCCAAAUCAAGAACAAGAAAUAAUCCAACCAAACCCAAAUCACAUGAUGUUUUUGAGAAUAAUGAGCAAAAGACGAACAUGGGUAGCUCUAUUUGUCUUAGUUUAUGGCAUCCUUCUAUACUCUUCUUCUAAUCUGCUACAAUCGAUUCUUAAUUGGUACAACACCACUCUCUCUCCUCCGCCAUCUUCAUCGCCGGCAAAAGGGUGGCCGGCGGCGGUGUAUGCGUCGGUGAUGCUCGGCGCAGUCUUCGGUGUGAUGUCGAUGGUUGCGGCGUUCGCGGUUGCGGUGCCGGCGAUGCUAAUGACUUGGAUUACAAUUCUUGUGCUGCUUACUUUCUGUGGUACGCGAAGGAGAGACUUAGUGGUAGAAGGGAAGAAAUUAACGGCUGAGAUUUCUGGGGUUGUGAUUAAGAUCUUGAUCAAAGAAGGGAAUUUUGUUGCUGCUUUUUGUGCUGUUUUGGGUUAUUUUAUGCUUGUUAAGAAAAGUUCAAAUGAAGCUGAUUGAAGUGAAAAUAUUGGUUUUUUAUUUUUAUUUUUUAAGGUUCGGAAUGAGGUUUGAAAUUAGGCAAGGUAAUUUGUUAGAAAAUGUUCUCAUGUAUAAGUUGAUUGUUAAAAUGCACAUGUUACUUUCUCUGGAAAAAUGUAAUUGAUACACUUUAAUGUUGGAGUUGGACCAUUUUGUAUAACAAUGGCUAUCACUUUUGAUUUGGAUAAUGAGGUGGGCAGGUGGGUGUUUAUGAGGCUUGGACCGUUCGUGUGGUGAUUAACUGUUUCUGGUUUAAGAGUUAAAAUUUCGAAUUAUAUUUAAUUUUGUGCGUGUAAUUGGAGACUUGUAGGAAGCUCAUGUGUAAGUUGUAACAUUAUCUUUUGAUACUGUAUUUUAAUUGUAAUUUUAACCAAUGAGGAACUCCUUUGUCAAAUAUGUUCCCUUUUGGA